AUGAAUAAUAUAACAACACCAGGUCAGGUAAUCACUGAUUUAAAGUUAUCAUCGAAUAAAGACUCUGGUGAAAAGAAGAUAUCAAAGAAAGAAGAAAAUGUAUCAUCAACUUCUGACAUUACCAAUAUACUUCUUCUUGGUGAAACUGGAGUUGGUAAAUCAACUUUCAUUAAUGCUUUUGCAAACUAUCUUACAUUUAACACACUCGAAGAAGCUCAGAGGAAUGAACCAGUAGUACUCAUGCCUGUUUCAUUUCUUAUGACAACUGGUGAUAAUUUUGAAGAACAUAUUGUGAAAUUUGGUGAUAUAGAUGAUUCUAAUAAUGAAGAUUUUGAUCAUCCUGGUCAAUCUGUCACACAACAUUGUAAAGCAUAUGUAUUUUAUCUUAAUGGCACUGAUCAACAAAAACUACGUAUUAUUGAUACACCUGGUUUUGGUGAUACACGAGGUAUUGAACAAGAUGAUCUCAAUAUGGAACAUAUUUUAGAAUAUGUGAAUAAUCUUUCUCAUCUCAAUGCAAUAUGUUUUCUUCUCAAACCAAAUGCAUCAAGACUGAAUAUCUCUUUUCGAUCAUGUAUUACUCAAUUAUUUUCUCUUUUAGAUCAAAAUGCUCUUAAUAAUAUUAUCUUUUGUUUUACUAAUAGUCGAUCGACAUUUUAUACUCCUGGAGAUACUGCACCAUUACUUAAGAAAAUGCUCAUUUCUCUCUCAAUCGGUAAUGUUCCAUUCAAAAAAGAAAAUAUAUUUUGUUUUGAUAGUGAAUCAUUUCGGUAUUUGGUUGCUGUACAAAAUGGAAUUAAAUUCAAUGGUGAUGAAAGGCAAGAAUAUGAAAUGAGUUGGUCAACUUCAGUAAAUCAAUCAAAUCGUCUUAUUGGUUAUAUUCGUAAAAACAUCGGUUUGUAUCAUAUAGAUGGUACCUUACAAUCAAUGAAACAUGUUCAAUAUGAAAUCAAUCAUAUGGUUCGUCCAAUGUUAAAAACAAUGAGGAAUUAUCUUCGAAAUCUUAUCCUUCGAACAGAGAAUUCUAUAAAGGCUUCAUUGAAAUUGCAUGCCAAAGAUAUUUCUUUUCCAGCUACUCUUUGCAUUUCAUGUGUACCUUAUGCAUUACUAGUUGGACAGUUUUGGAUUGCAAAAAACAUUCCACAUAAAAUUCAAAAUAAUCAUUGUAGUUGUGAAUGUUCUCUCAAUCAACAUAUUCCAAUUGAUUACAUACUCGAAUAUAAAUCUUCGAAAAAACCGCUCAAGCCUAAUCACGAUGAUAUAAGUGAUCUUCUGCAUAAACUUUGUUAUGCAAGUGCAGAACUUUCUUAUUUUCUUGUACAUUCAACUGCUUUCUCGAAAAUUAGCAAUGCAGAACUUGAUUGUACCAUCUAUGACAAUGAUCUUGAUGGUAUCAAUCUAAAUCAAUUUUAUAUAACACGUUCUCCAGCUUAUCGUAUUACAUCUGUUGUUUAUGAUUCUACAUUAAAAGUGAAAGAAUUUAAUGUAUUUAAUGAUGUUAAUCCAUCUUCAAGUGUUUAUUGUGUGAAAAGUUUAGGAAAACUUCAAUUAGUCAAUACAAAUUUAACAAUCUUAUCUGAUAUAAAAAAUCUUCAAAAUUUAACAUCCUUAAUAAUUGAAACAGAUAAUGGUAUUAUUGAUCAACAUUUACCAUCGGAAUUUGGACAAUUAAAAUCUUUAUCAAUUUUAAAAUUAUCUAAUAUCACAAAUCUUGAAGAUUUACCUGAUGAAAUUAAAUAUUUAAGUCAAUUACAAUCAUUAACAUUAGAAAAAAUUCGAAAUUUUAAUAAAAUAUCUGAUGAAAGUUUUGGUCAAGUAAAUAAUCUUAAUAUAUUAAAAUUAAUUGAUUUACCAAAUUUAUCUUCAAUUCCAACAACAAUCAAUAAUCUUCAAUUAUUACAACAAUUAGAAAUAACAAACAUAAAUAUUCAUAAUUUACAAUUAGAAAAUUUAUUUGUAUUACAAUCAAUAAUAAUUUCAUCAAAUACAAAAUUAAUUUCAUUAGAUAUGAUAAAUUUAUCUUCGAUUCCAACAAUGUCAAUAAAAAAUAAUCAACAAUUAAAAACUAUUAUAUUAGAAAAUUUUUCUAAAUUAAAUACUUUUGAAUUAUAUUCAUCAUCAAAUCUUGAAUUGAUUUCAUUUCAAGAUGCAUCAUUAUUAUCAACUAUUAUAAUUAUAUCAAGUCCGACAUUGAAAACUAUUUCACUUAUUAAUGUACCAUCAAUAAGAAAUCUUACUUUAUCUGGAUGUGAACUAACAAUAUUUCCUGAAAGUAUUUUAACAUUAACAUCUUUAGAAGUAUUAAAUAUGAAAUCAAAUCAAUUAUCAACAUUACCAUUAACAUUAUUAACUGAUUUACCUAAUUUACGAAUUCUUAAUUUGACUAAUAAUAAAUUUCAAGAAAAUAUUUUUCAACCAGCACUUAUUUAUCUUCGUGAACUUGAUUUAAGUAAUAAUUCAUUAACAUCUAUUGAUAAUAUUGGAAAAUAUAAAUCUUUACAAAUAUUAGAUUUAAAUAUUAAUAAAAUAUCAUUAAUUCCACUUGAAAUCAUGAAAUUAUCAUCGACAUUAAAAAGAUUAACAAUGAAUUCUAAUGUAUUGAAUGGUGUUCCAUAUUCAAUGGCAAAUAUGAGAUCAUUAGAAGUUUUUUCUGCUACCGCUAAUAAUAUUUCAUAUUACGAAAUCCGUUAUCUCAUUGAAUUAUUUAAUAAAUCACCUAUAAGAGCUUCAUUUUAUUAA